AGGCACCUGGUCACAUCUCCCCUUGCUGUCUUUUACUAGAACUUUUACAUAAUCUUGAAAACUCAGUGAGAACCAAGAUGUCGUUUACACAGAUCGCCCGCAGCUGCAGUCGGCUGGCGUCGACUUUGGCCACAAAAAGGAUCGCCUCCGCCGCGGUUGUCCAGACACAGGCCAGGAUGAUGCACAGGAUCACCAUGCCGGCUAUUGCCAGCCAGUUGAGCCAAAACUUCGCAGCUCGCAACUACUCGGCUAAAAGCACCAUUGAGGACAUCAAGUUCCGUGUGCUUAAAGUGGUUUCGGCCUACGACAAAGAGUGCAGAGGUCGCUGGCAAACGCAAUCGGUGCGCAGAUACUCGGCGAAACCGCCGCUCUCGCUGAAGCUCAUCAAUGAGCGCGUCUUGCUUGUGCUCAAGCUGUACGACAAGAUCGAUCCCAGCAAGCUUAACGUUGAAUCGCACUUCAUCAACGACCUGGGACUGGACUCUUUGGAUCACGUUGAGGUCAUUAUGGCCAUGGAGGAUGAGUUCGGAUUCGAGAUUCCCGACUCUGAUGCCGAGAAGCUGCUUAAACCUGCCGACAUUAUUAAGUACGUCGCCGAUAAGGAGGAUGUGUACGAGUAAAUUGUAAUUGUAAUGCACGCCAUGAAACGGAUUACACUUAACUUUAAAUAGAAAACAAGUCAAAUACAAUUUGAACAACUGAAUAAACCAAACCUUACAUAAA